AUGGCUAAGUGCCUCAAUACAAUUUAUUGCAAAAGCCAUCGUUCUCCAUCCCAUCAUUUGAAAUGUUUCCUCAGACAUACUUCAGUUCCUUUUAAUCAAGUAUUAAAUUUGGUUAAAACUCAUUAUCUCCGGCGCCGAGGGGGCCGCAUCCCCACAAUGGGCUGCCUGGACCCGAGCGGAGAGGAUGUAAGGAAGACGUGGAGGAGAUUUGAUGUCCCAACACCCAAGUCAUCUAACUCAGAUGAUGACCUCCCCGAAAACUAUCCAGUGGUCAAAAACAUGCUCCACAGACUGGCAGCGGAUUUGACCCUGGACCCGGGCACUGCACACCGCCCCCUACUUGUCUCCGCGGACCACCGCAGUGUCCAACUAGCCCCCCCCCCACCCCCGCGCCCGCCCCCCCAUGGUCCUGCGCGCUUUGAUCAGCUCCUGGCCGUACUGGGCACACAGGGCUUUGGGGCUGGUCCGCACUACUGAGAGGUGGAGACCGCGGAUGCCGCCUGCGGCCCAGACUCCUCUGGGGAGGACGAGGACGAGGAUGAAGCCAAGGGCCACUACGCCUUGGGCGCCGCCGGGGAGUCGCUGUGCCGCAAGGGCGCGGGGGCCGUGUGGGCUGUGGAGGACCGCGGCGGCCACCUGUGGGCCCUCACCGCCCCUGACCCCACCCCGCUGGGUGGCGCCGGGCCCCUGCCGUGGCGCAUCCGCAUAGACCUUGACUGGGAGCGGGGCCGCGUAGCCUUCUCUGACGCCCGCUCCCUAGACCUACUCUUCGCCUUCCAGGGGCCGGGCCCGGUGGGGGAGCGUGUUUUCCCGCUGCUCUGUACCCGCCACGCCCAUGCCACGCCACCCCACCACCCCACCACCAGGAGGCUUCCUCCUGUGCCAGGGAGCCCCCCUCCCUCCCGGGAGCACAUCCACCUGUCCCCUCCCUCCUUCCCACCUGAUCCCUACCCAGCACACCAGCCCUGGCCACCGGGUAGACAGGAUGGGUACUCGCAGCAGUUUUCUCCCGGCCCCCACCUCGCCUCCUCUCCAGAUGGGCCUGGUCCUCCUCCACAGCUCUAG